AUGAGUUUCACUGGAAAAUAUGAAGUGGAGAGCCAGGAGAACUAUGAAGCCUUCAUGCAGUUAAUUGGAAUUCCAGCAGAAACAAUCAAGAAAGGAAAGGAUUUCAUAUUCACCACGGAAGUAGUGCAGAACGGCAAUGACUUCACCUGGUCCCAGAUCUACCCAGGCCAUACCAUGACCAACAAGUUCACCAUUGGGAAGGAAUCUGAAAUGGAGACCAUGAGCGGCAAAAAGUUUAAAGCAACAGUCCAAAUGGAAGGCAGCAAAAUUGUUGUCGACUUUGGAAAAUACAAACACUCAUCUGAGAUCGUUGGAGGAAGACUGGUAGAGACAUCAGAAGCCGGUGGAGUUACUUUCAAGAGAAUCAGCAAAAGGCUGUCAUAA